CUCAUCUCCUUCUCCCUUUUGUCUUCUUUGAAAAAUGGUGUCAUAUGUAUGAAAUCACGUGAACCUCUUGUUCCUCUCUCCCUUUCUCCUCGAUCUCUUCUUCAAAACAUCGAUCCUCCACCUUUACUGGACGAUACUACCAACAAUAUCUCUGCUGUUCGCCGCUUGAUUUUCCUCUCUAUCUCUAUUGCCCCUCAUGACUUCUAGUAAUUGCUAUUCUUCCCUUUACCCUUUCUCUUUGGACCUUAACGAAGAUGAUAAGCACCAACAGCACCACUUUUUUACCUUGAAAUCUCAACCUUCUUCUUCAUCAUCUUCCUCCUCUCUUACUUGUCCCACUUUCUUCAACCCAACUGUUCAAAACCAAGCAGAUUCUUGUCAAAGAGAAUCCCAGGAGUUUCCAUAUCAACAAGAUCAGGCUAAGAUACAUGUUCCACAAGAUGGUGACAGUGCGCUCAAGUUAUCGAUACGGAAAAACGAAGAAAGGAUUGAAAGUGACGAUCAUCACCAUGAGGACAGUUCAUAUAAGUGGAUGCCUUCAAAGAUGAGGAUUUUGAGGAAGAUGAUGAGUUCGGAGCGGUCGGAUUUAUCGAAAAGCUCGAUGGAGACGAAAUUGGAAGACCUGAAGGUUCAGAUAAAUCAGCUCUCGUCAUCUCCGGAUAACACCAGCUACUCUUCUUACAAUAAUAAAAACAACAACAGCCCUAUUAGGGUUUGUACUGACUGCAACACAACUAAGACUCCUCUUUGGAGGAGUGGUCCUAGAGGUCCCAAGUCUCUUUGCAAUGCCUGCGGAAUUCGACAACGAAAAGCGGGACGAGCAUUGGCUGCGGCAGCCACAGCAUCGAAUGGGGCCAUUGUUGAAGCUGAGACAACGACAAGUGUGAAGAGUACUAAGGUUCAAAACAAGGCAAAGAGAUCAAGUAAUGGUUGUGUGGCAAAGUUAAAGAAUACUACAAAGUGCAAGCUUAGUUCCCAGUCCCAAGGUAGAAGAAAGAAGCUUUGUUUCGAGGAUUUGAGGGUAAUAUUGAGCAAGAACUCGACUUUUCAUCGAGUUUUCCCACAGGAUGAGAAGGAAGCUGCGAUCCUGCUGAUGGCCUUAUCGCAUGGGCUUGAUGGUUGAAAAAUUAACUAGUUUUUUCAUUGUUAUUUUUUUUUUCUUAACUAGCUUUGAAUAAUGACUCAGAUCAUCAAUUAUUGUCUGAAAAAACUGAGUUUUAUGCUUGAGUUAUCGGGGAAAUUAAGA